AGAUCCGUCCUGCCAGCAGUGCAGCUUCAAGGCUGCGUGUUCCACUGGACCCAGGCUCUGUGGAGAAAGGUUAGUUCAUGUCGAGCACUCUUUUUUCGCUGCCGAAAAAAAAGGUGAAUAAAAGGCAAUAAACUGAUUAUUAAAGUUUAUUAAACAAAUUGUGAUUUCACAGCUUUAGCCUUUUUUAUGAAACAAAUAUAUACAACUGUUAGAACGUAAGUGUCAACCGUUAUAGCGUUAAGACAAACUGUCAACCCGUGUAUCAUCACCUUUAGCAGUCCGUUCGUUAGUCGUACGUUUUCCUUAAAGUCAAAAAUUUUAACUUUUUGUCUACGCCAGGUGCAAGAGCUUGGCCUCCAAACUGCAUACAGUAACGAUGAAGCAACGAACCGGUUCAUCAGGAAACUAAUGGCCCUCCCGUUCCUCCCUCACUACGAGAUCAGACCGAUGUUUGUGCGCCUCAGCGUUCAGGCACAGACCCAGCCCCUCCGCAAUCUUACUGACUACAUCCAGGAGCAGUGGAUUGAGAGCACCAUCUUCACCCCCAAAGAUUGGAGUGUCUUCAAGCAGCCGAUCCGGACCAACAACGAUAUAGAGGGGUGGCACAGCGCCCUGAACCGCCGAGCCGGUGGCCAAUGCAGAUUACAGUUUUACCUCUUAAUCGAACUUCUUCAUCGAGAAGCCCGCUUGACGUCAAUAACAAUCAAGCUUGUUUCAGACAAGAAGUUGAAGAGAAUACAGAGAAGGAAGUACAGGCAACUCCAACAGAAACUAUUCGACGCCUGGGAGCAGUACCAGACAGGCAAUAAGAGUGCUUCACAAUUACUCCGCUGCUGUUCCCACUUGAAUGGACCUGCUCGUUGCCAGUAA